GUGAAAACCAUUUAAAACACCAGCAUGAGGAGCCAAAUGUGCCACGUGUCUCUCCAAAAACGAGAUGUGCAGCACACGCAUACAGAGGAUGUCGGUGCAAUGUUCCCAGUUCGUAAUCAUGAGUGCAUUUCAUAUAAUACUGAGAGCGUCACUGACGCCCAACACCUCCUUGAGGCCUAAAGAAGUGUUGUAAGUCUCUAAUUUAAUCAUAUGUGUAGUGCCUAAUUGUCGUGUGUGCGAGAGGUGUGAUGAUCACACCGCACCGCGUGAAACCUGAGCUCCCUCCACGCGUAGUUCUUCGCGAGCAGCCGGAGUGAGAGCAGUCUGAGGAGAAGGGGUGCGUCACUGGAUUAGUGCCUGAGAAGCCGUCCCAGCCUCUUCCUCCUGAGCUGCCGAGACGCCUUCCAGAAGGGCACGACGCGACACACCCGCCGCCUCGCUUCUUCCCUCCACCACCGCCUUCCACAUGAGCCAGCCAAGCCUCAGCUCCCCAGCAGGAUGAAGAAAGAAAAGAAAACGCACGCUUUACUGUUUCUCCUCCUGCUUCACUUCACCUUGGCAAGGCAAUCAGACUAUGCUCCAUACUUUUACGACGAUGGACCCGGCAGUACAAGCGGGAACAUGGCCUUGUUCAGCAUCUCCGAGGACACACCAGUUGGUUCACAGAUCUACGUGCUGAAUGGCACAGACCCAGAGGGCGACCCGGUGCGAUAUGGUCUGACUUUUGAAAAGGGCUCCAAAGUAUAUUUUAGGGUGGAACCCAAAUCUGGAAACGUGACUCUGACUCAGGAGCUCGACAGAGAGAAACAAGAUGAAAUCUCUGUGCUUGUGAGCAUAACGGACGGUCGAAAUAAAGUUGUUGAGACGGUGAGGGUGUUUGUGACCGAUGCCAAUGAUGAACACCCUGAAUUUCAAAACCUGCCUUUCAUCAUUAAUAUCCCAGAGGACACCGCUGCAGGAAGUAGCAUCUACAGAGUCCAAGCAGUGGAUAAGGACAUGGGCUCGGGGGGCAGCGUCUCGUAUUAUCUACAGGCCUCCCCAUUUGCCAAGUUCACCAUCGACGGGAACAGCGGGAUCCUUCGAGUCAAACCGGGCGAGACUCUGGACUAUGAGACCACGCCAACACAUUUUGUGACUGUGGUUGCAAAGGAUGGAGGAGGAAAGUACAAGGGGAAGCAUCAGGUUUUGACCGCCACGGCCACCAUAACGGUGAACGUGAUUGAUGCCCAGGACAUGCCGCCAUCUUUCGUAGGAACCCCGUACUUUGGCUACGUCUACGAAGUCUCGGUUCCUGGAUCUGAAAUAUUCACAGUAUAUGCUAAAGAUGGAGAUCAAGGCAAUCCCAACCCCAUACGGUAUUCCAUCAUGGACGGCAGUGACGGUGUCUUUGACAUAAAUGGCACCAGCGGAUGCAUCACCCUGACAACCUUUCCGUCUCUGCUGAGAAAUGAAUUGUAUGAAAUCAAAGUCAAGGCGUCUGAGGUUCGACCAAAUGAUCAGCUGCUGGACUAUGACAUCACCAUGGUGACGGUCCGCGUGGUGGAUCUCAACAACCACCCUCCGACCUUUUAUGGGGAAAACGGUCCACAGAGCAAGUUUGAAGUUACCAUGUAUGAGCAUCCACCUGCCGGGGAGAUCCUCCGGGGCUUUAAGAUCACAGUCAACGACUCCGAUCAGGGAGCAAACGCUAAAUUCAAACUGAGGCUCGUGGGGCCGAGCCGAGUGCUGAGAGUGGUCCCCCAGACAGUUCUCAACGAAGCGCAGGUGACCAUCAUUGUGGAAGACACGUCUGGCAUCGACUAUGAAAAAGGACAAACUCUGUCUUUUAAGCUGCUGGCUGUGGAGAUCGACACCCCCGAGCGGUUCAGUGCGACCGCCGACAUCGUGAUCAACCUGCUGGACAAAAACGACAACAUCCCCAAAUUCACAUACGAGUAUUACAUCGCCAGGGUCCCUGAGAACUCCCCCGGAGGCUCCAGCAUUGUGUCUGUAACAGCAAAUGAUCCAGAUUCUGGGCCUUGGGGUGAAGUCAAAUACACAAUUUAUGGAUCAGGAUCGGAUUUGUUUUCCAUCCACCCGUCGUCCGGCCUCAUCUCCACGCAGCCGUGGACCAGCCUGGACGCGGAGCUCAGGUCCAAAUACAACUUCUACGUCAAGGCGGAGGACUCGGAGGGGAAGUACAGUUUGGCCGAAGUCUUCAUCACUGUCCUGGACAUGAACGACCACCCUCCUGCAUUCGAUCACAAACACCUGGAGAAGACCUUGAUCAUUGGGACACCGGUCAGAGUAGAGGCAGUGGAUGAAGACGCGGAGUCUCCAAACAACGUCAUCGAGUACUCCAUCAUGACGGCCGAUCCGGACAACGCCUUUGACAUCAACGCCGACACAGGGGAGAUCCAGCUGAAGUCGUACAUCAAGUCCAUGGAGAUCGUGCAGAACAUCACCAAGCAGAAGGACUGCAAGUGGUCCCUGGUGGUCCAGGCCCGGGACCGAGGUUCUCCGUCUUUCAGCACGACCGCCGUGGUCAACAUCGACAUCACCGAGGCGACUCCUCUCAAGGGGCCUAUGGCGGCCUUUUUAAUGAAAAGUAGGGACAAUCCCAUGAGAGCUCUAGGCAUGGUCACUGUUAUCAUUAGCGCGUUGGUAGGGGUGACUGUCUUGAUCUCUACGGCUAUGUACAUGCGCAACUCAAAGUCCAACAGGAUCCUUCCGGUGCGUCGCAUCAUCAAGAGGCGACCCAGGGACCGGCAGACCUGGACCUUCCAGAUGCCCGGCAUCAAAUUCAACAACCCCGCAGACAAGUUCCUCAUCGGCGACGCGGAGGGCAGGCACCAGCGGGACAACAGCAGCCCCCGGACAAAGCCCGCACCCCCUAGUGCUCCCUGUCUGCCCCCUCCACCCCCGUCUACCGCACGGCCCAGUGAGAGGCCCUGGGCAGUCCCGACCAUAUCUGGUGCUCUGGCCUCCAAAGGCUCAAAGAAAGUCAAAUCGAAUCGGCGGAAAGAGGGAAACAUGAGCUCUGCGUUAGUGUCGGAGCUGAAAAUGAAGCUGGAGCAGAAAAUCAAUGAGAACAACCAAGGUUAUUAUUAACUUAAACGUCUUGUUUAAGGUUGCCCGGUCCGUUCUCUGACGACUCCACUGCUCUUAGCUCAUCUGCUGUCCAAGAGUUCUCAUCUGAAAGCUCGUGUGAUGACCUGGUAGGGUGGGCCUUCUUCUAGAUCGUUCAUGAUUUAACGGAAUAAGGCUAAGACAGAAAGGUGUACAGAUAUUUGUCUUAAUAUGAGAUAUGAAACAAGUGGAAUCUAGUGAAUCCUCAGCUGACCUGGCCUGUAGGCGGAGAGAGGAGAGAGCUGGAGACUGCCGGCGGGUGCAGUCGUGGAUAGUUCACGACGCUGCCAUUUUGAGGAGGAUUACAUUAUCUUAACAGUAAGAAGCUCUACUGUACCCAGGUGGAGGAUUACUUAGACUUACUGUGUACACAUACGUUGCAUAACUUCCUUAAAAGUGUUAUUAUUUACACUUUUCAACACAAAGGUAGGAAUUUUCUCAAUAAAUGAUAAAAAAAUAAAAUAAAUCUUCCUGCUCAGUGGAGCAUGCAGCUGAAUGACACGGUCAUGAAAAACACUGCUCAUUAUAAAGUGCUAAAGGACCUGUUUAUUCAUAUUUUUACUGUGUUCAAUCAGCCGCUUGAAAGCUGAGAAAUUGCUCUUUUGUAUAUGAUUACAAUGUGCCACUGUAGGUUUUCAGAGAAACAGUUGAGUUGCUUUUAUUUAUUUAUUUGACUUUUGACUAUAGAAAAAUGCUUUUAUAUAAAUUUACACGGGUCCGAUGUCAAGAUACAGUGCUCUAUUAUAUUCAUUAUUUUGGCUGCACAUACAGUAUAUGACAAAAUAUGAACAUUUCAAAGGUUAAAUCUUGCAGCAGUAAAUAAUAAGACGUACAAAUGUAAAAAUGGGAUAUUGUUGGUUAAAAAAAAAAGUCGUCCCAAGCUCAGAUUGCUAUGUAUAUAACUUUCUUUAUAUAGACAUAUUAUUUAAAUAUAGAAUCUGUGUCGAACAUUUAGGGUCCACACACACACACAGUUUCUUUCCAUGUUAUACUCCAAUGCCUUCAAUUGUAGGCAAAUGCAGUUCAAUCGCUGUAAGAAAUAUCUAUCAGACUAUAUCUUAACUUACAGAGCUAUCUUAAAUAAGUUGAGAUAAACUAUAAACUAUACAUAUAUAAAUGUAUCUUAUUAACUAUAAAUUACGAUUGCCUGGUCCUAUAAAGUAAUAUAUUUGUACCGUCUUUGUACCGUCUUGAUU